UGUGUUGAGGUAUGCAUAUUGAUGUAUAUAUUUGAGUUACAUAUGCAACUAACAGAGCUACCAUAAUAAGUGUUGGUAAUAGUGAGAAACACAUAAUCAGGCAAGUCACACUCCCACUAAGUGUAGCAUUACAAAACACAUUUACUUGUUCUAUAUCUUCACAUAUAAUAGUCGAACUGUAGUCAAAAUUUUACAACACUAGCUGUCAAGAAAUGAACCACCAAAUUGUUGUCUUGGCUUUUAUAUUCAGCCUGCUCUCUUUGUCAUUGGCUCAAUGUACUGGACUAUUGACUAACUCUUCACAUCAAGUUAGUGUCUCAUGGAUGGUUGUUGGUGAGAACAGUGUGAGUUUUACUUUCACUGCCCCAGCUAACAGCAGUACGUAUACUAGUCUGGUUAUAUCUGAUCAUCCUAUAAUAUUACCACUUCAGUUUAAUAACGUUGAUGUUGUCUAUGCUGGGGAUAAUGAAACUACUAACUUCGUUGAAGACAGAUGGAUUGUAAACUUUAUGUCACUCUAUGACAAACAGCAAGACAUUGAAGACACCAGUACUUUAUUGACUGAUGAUGACCUUUUGAUGGUCAAUUUCACUCGUCCCAUCAUUAGUACUGAUGAGGCGCAAGACACAAACCUAAAUGCUUGCAAAUACCUUAUUUGGGCAUAUGGUGGUACUGUAGAGUCAUUUAAAUAUCCAAAAUUUACUUUUCAAAAUCUUCCACGAGCUUUCGGAACUUUUAAUGGUCAAAUUUGUCUUCAAUAUUGUGAAGUAACACCAUCUCCCAGUGCUUCUUUAAUGAGUUCCAGUACACCUACUUCUUCACCAUCAUCUCAAACACCUUCAGCUGCUACCAACAAUCAUCCUGUCAUCUUUAUCAUUCUUUUUGCUAUAGGUUUGCUAUCACAUACUCUUAAUAUUUGAGAGCAUUGAUAGUUUAAAAGGAAAUAAACUUACUAUCAAAGCUAGUUCAGUUAUAUACUUAGCUCAGUUAGAUAUACAUUCAUUUUA